AUGGAGGUCUUCAUGCAUAAUCUCCCCCAUCAUCUGACAGAAGAAAGCCUGAAGAAGCAACUCGAGCCAUUUCUCAAGCGCCUUGGAAUCGUCGACUAUCUAUGUGAGAAGCCAAAGAGAAAGAACUUUGGUCAUGUCACCUUCCUGCAUCAAGCAGACGGUGACAGAUUCAUCCAGAUACAUGGACAAGAGGAACUUCCCCAGACGAUAGGGGCACGAGGACGGCCGCGUCUCAAGUCAAAGCUACAGCUCAUGGGCGCGGAUGUCUUCUGCACUCGAAGCAAACGUUCACCACAGGAGUUUGCUCUGCGUAGUCUAAGACAUACAGCAGAGCAGCGAACAAAAGACAGCAUCCAGAGAGAUGAGAAGGAGCGUACUAUCUCCUUCGUUGUACGGGGGUUUAGCUGUGGAUACUGCGAAUUCGUCAAGGAUCAGCUCGCCUACGUACCUGAGGUGCAGUUUGAAGAUGCGGGCAUUAUGAAGUUUAAAAAGCGUGUCAUUCUGAUUAAGCUGCAUUCCAAGCGCCUCAUUCGAAUACCUCUUCAUACCGUGAUUGGACUGGUUUGGUCCCGUACGGGGGAGCUGACCCUGACCUUGACUACAGUUCCAUACUUUUUCUCUCAGGGGAUUUCUUCCAAUGCGAUGGUGACCGCAUUGAUGUCGAGUCUAAGCAUCAAUGGACAGGCUCAUCGGAGUACCGCGCAGCCUUCCCAAUUGCGCAUGUGCUCGCUGGACGGACGGCAUGGCGUGGUUGUGGGACAAUGCCUUGUAUACCAAUUCAAGAUUCCUCCGAUGAGUCUACUAGAGGCCAUACACGACUUGAAAGAAUGGGAGAUGACGAUAGUGCACUACGACCUGAUUGAUGGAUCGCGAAAUCCUGCCAAUCAUCAGGGAGCAUUUGCGACGCAGGUGAGGCUCCUCAAGGAUCAGCUCAGCUCCUAUACCCGGGAUACAUCUCUUCCCUUCCGUAUCCUCUUCCAGCUCCAAGCCCUCGCCUACAAUGUAUAUCUUCUUCCGCACAUCGUUUGCGAUCUCGCCAGCGAGCUUUGCAAGGUAUAUAGAUCGGAUAAGCGCACAGGCAAGCGGUCAAUAUCUGUACCUGCAGUUCGAAGUCUUUUCGAGAUGAUCCCAUGGCCCUAUCCCCAUGAAGAUCCCCUCACACUCAAAGUUGACUCACUCAUGGCAGCCAUUCAAAGAAAUGACAAUGACAUUCAGAUGGGUGACAUGCAGGGACAAGGAGUGUUAGGCCCAACUCAAAACUUAGCAUUGAUCCACAAAGUGAUGAUCACUCCCAGUCGAAUUACCCUUCAUGGGCCAGAGCCUGAACCUUUCAACCGCAUUCUUCGCCGAUUCCCCAACCAUCAUGACUACUUUAUUCGUGUGCAGUUCUGUGAUGAACAAGGUGGCGACCUGCACUUCAGCUCCAGGGUAACCUACGACGAAGUAUUCUCUCGAUUCAAGAAUGUCCUCACCAAUGGGAUCCAAAUUGCCGGCCGAACCUACUAUUUUCUCGGAUGGUCACACUCUUCCUUAAGAUCGCAUUCAGUGUGGGCAAGUGCAGUCUGCAUCAUCAAAGCCCUUGGCGAUUUCUCCAAGAUAACCUCCCCGGCCCGAUGCGCAGCACGGAUUGGGCAAGCGUUCUCCGAGACCCCCUUCGCCAUUCCGGUCGAAGAUAAUACCAUAACGAUAGAAGAGGUGCCGGACUUGGCCUCCAAGGAUGGGCAACGUUUUUUCAGUGAUGGGGUCGGCUCACUCUCUCUCAAUGUCCUCGAAAUGAUCUGGUCCAAUAUACCACCAAAAAAGGGUAAACCGACAGGCUUUCAGAUUCGAUUAGGGGGUGCGAAGGGCAUGAUAGCCAUUGACAGCCGGCUCACUGGCUCCGUCAUUCGGAUCCGACCGUCGAUGAUCAAAUUUCAGGGAGAGAUGAGAGAUCUGGAGAUCUGUGACAUGGCUUCCAAGCCAAUCCCACUAGUUCUGAACAGGCAGAUGAUCAAAAUUCUCGAAGAUAUGGGAGUCGCAGAGGACUGGUUCUUCAGGCUUCAAAAUCAGGAAUUGACAUACCUUCGGAGCAUCACCGCCAGUGCACAGAAUACUGCCGUCUUCAUCAAAAGACAGGCUGUCGGGGAUUGCAUCGGGCUUUUCAGGCUCUUUCGCCAGUGCCAUCAAUGGAAAAUCAACUACAAGGUCCCAUUUCUGCGGUCGUUGGUCGAAGCCGUGAUUCUCCGUGAACUACGCUUACUGAAGCACAAGGCUCGUAUUCCAGUCGACAAGGGUAUUACGCUAUUUGGCAUAAUCGAUGAGACCGAAUAUCUGCAGGAGAACGAGGUCUAUGUGACAUUUAAUACCAUUCAGGGACGACCUGUGGCCCCUCCGACUGCCGGACCAGUGUUGGUAACUCGCUCUCCGGCUCUAUAUGAUGGAGACAUUCAAAUCUGUUUGAACACAGUGCCUCCGGAGGACCAUCCGCUCAGACGGCACAGGAACUGCAUUGUUUUCAGUGCCAAGGGGGAUCGCGACCUUCCCAGCCAACUCAGCGGAGGAGAUCUCGAUGGGGAUAUCUAUAACAUUAUCUGGGACCCUGAAGCACGGCCAAAGCGGACAUUUGCCCCGGCCGAUUAUCCUCGCGUCGAGCCAGUCAACAUCGGUCGAUUGGUCGAGGUUCAUGAUAUGGCGGACUUCUUCAUUGACUUCAUGAAGACCGAUCAUCUGGGAGUGAUAGCUAUUCGGCACAUGAUCAUGGCAGAUCAAUUGGACGAGGGUACAUCACAUCCAGACUGCAGGAAACUCGCACAGUUGCACUCGACAGCGGUGGAUUUCUCAAAGACAGGAAUUCCAGUGCAGAUGGAGCAUCUUCCCCGAGGUAACAACUUCAGACCAGACUUUUUAGCUCCCGGGCCACAAGCAUACAUGUACAACAAGUCCGCUAUCCACAUGGACCAAUACAUCGCACGCACGGAGUACGAUGAAGACGACGAUACCGAACCACCACGCAAAUACUAUCGCUCCGAGAAGAUUCUUGGGAAACUGUACCGAGCCAUUGAUGAGCGAAAGAUCUGGUCCAACGAUAUCCAAUGCAAGGCAGCAGUAGACGAAUUAACCUUUUGGAGCGGCUUUCUCAAACUUUGCAUCAAACGUUGUGGCGCGUUCAGACCAUCUUCUUGGAGAAGAUACAUGGAUGAAGCUUGGCGUAUUCGCCUGGCGUACGAAGAUGCAAUCUCCUCAGCGAGAAACAACUACUCAGACCACCCAAUCAAGCCUCUCAGUGAGCUCGAGGUUUUCAUCGGGUUUGUCAUGACCAGAAGCGGCGUGCAGACCCGACGAGAACGGGAUCAAUCAGCGAAGCUUGCAGAUGAGUUUGAGCGGAUAGCAACCUGGAUUACAGCCCAGAUGCGUCGACACGGGAAAGAUAGUUCUCUCCCUGGGGACAGCUGUGACUCCCUCGACCUCUGUCUCGCGUGCCUUGCUGUUGGGUGCCUGAGGGAGAAGGGUGCGCGUCGCCGGAGAGACGAACACGGGGAGCUCAAGAGCUUUAUUGUUGUGGCUGCUUGUGCGUUACUUGCGGAGUUGGAUAUGCUGGAGAAGGAAUCGAGGGGAGUUUCCUCCUUACCAUGA